GAACAGCUAAAACCUGUAUUUUCGCUCUUCAUUAUUGUUAUUAUUAUUAUUAUUAUUAUUUUUAAAAACACACUGUGGAUAUUAAUAUAAUCCUCUCUCUCUCUCUCUCUCUCUCUCUCUAAGGAACACUUACUGUCACUCUAGUGGAGAGAGAAACAACACUAUAACCAGAGACAUAAACCAGAUUUAAAUCACAAUCUCUCUCAAACCAAAAAGUGCUUGGUUUCCUCACUCUAGCUUCAAGCUUUGAACAAACUCUACGCUUUCUCCUUUUCUCUCUCUCUCUCUCUCUCUCUCUGUAUAGAUAUAUAUAUCCUCAUAUCGUUUGGUAUCUGAUUUGAAACCCUAGCAUUUGGAUCCCGAGAAGUGUAAGCCAUUGUUGGAUGUGAUAGCUUUUUUUCUCUCUCUUGAAAACCAGCAUUUCUUUACAUCAGUUUAAUAUCUUUGUGUCUAUUUUCGUACAUCUAUAUAUCUUCGUUAUCUGUGUGGAUGAGCCUGUCGCUGAUUGAGGCCGUCGCAUUUGGAUCCUGAAGCAUUUGGAUGUUAGAGAAGGAGAAGAAGAGUGAGUGAGGGAUCAGAUCGGAGAUGGCGGAGGUUUCCGGCGAGGGAGGAGCCGCGGUGGAUGUGAGCAAUGGACGGCCGGCGGUCAGUGAAUCGACCACACCAACGCAGCCGGGGUUGUUAACGGUGUCGGCGUCGUUCAAGGAAGGAGGAGGAAGUAAAGGUUCGUCGCGAAGGAGAGCGGCUGUGAGGCCGAGCUUCGACGCUGACAAUGAGUUCAUCACGCUGCUCCACGGCUCGGAUCCGGUGAAAGUGGAGCUUAAUCGGCUCGAGAACGAAGUUAGAGAUAAGGACCGGGAGUUAGGGGAAGCACAAGCAGAGAUCAAAGCGUUGAAGCUUUCUGAGCGGCUUAGAGAGAAGGCCGUCGAAGAGCUCACUGAAGAACUUGCCAAGGUGGAGGAGAAACUCAAGUUAACUGAAUCUCUUCUUGAAAGCAAAAAUCUUGAAAUCAAGAAAAUCAAUGAUGAGAAGAAGGCGUCAAUGGCUGCUCAGUUUGCAGCUGAAGCCACUCUUCGAAGGGUUCAUGCCGCUCAGAAGGAUGAUGAUAUGCCUCCAAUUGAGGCCAUUCUUGCACCCUUGGAGGCUGAACUUAAGCUUGCUCGACAGGAGAUUGCAAAACUUCAAGAUGAUAACAAAGCACUAGAUCGUCUUACCAAAUCAAAAGAGGCAGCUUUAUUAGAAGCUGAAAGGACUGUAGAGAUUGCAUUGGCAAAGGCUUCUAUGGUGGAUGAUCUUCAAAAUAAGAACCAAGAAUUAAUGAAACAAAUAGAAAUUUGCCAGGAAGAAAAUAAAAUUUUGGACAAAAUGCAUCGUCAAAAAGUUGCAGAGGUUGAAAAGCUUACUCAGACUGUACGUGAGCUGGAAGAGGCUGUUCUUGCUGGCGGUGCUGCUGCAAAUGCUGUGAGGCAUUACCAACGGAAAGUUCAGGAAAUGAAUGAGGAAAGAAAAACUCUUGACCGAGAGCUGGCCCGUGCAAAGGUAACAGCAAACAGAGUGGCCACAGUGGUCGCAAAUGAAUGGAAGGAUGCUAAUGACAAAGUUAUGCCUGUAAGACAAUGGCUUGAAGAUAGGAGGUUCUUGCAGGGAGAAAUGCAGCAACUACGUGACAAACUUGCUAUAACUGAGCGAACUGCAAAGUCUGAAGCACAGUUAAAAGAAAAGUACCAUUUGCGGCUUAAAGUGCUGGAAGAGAGUCUGAGAGGCUCUUCUAACAGUAGUAACCGUAGUACACCUGAUGGAAGAAGCAUGAGCAAUGGGCCUUCUCGUCGGCAAUCGCUAGGUGGAGCUGAUAACUUCUCAAAGCUUACUUCCAAUGGCUUUUUAUCCAAAAGAACACCAACCUCGCAGUUAAGAUCUUCUCUGUCUUCUAGUACCAGUUCUGUAUUAAAGCAUGCUAAAGGGACAUCAAAAUCAUUUGAUGGAGGCAUGAGAUCUUUAGACCGGGGCAAAGUGCUUUUAAAUGGAAUGGGCCCAAAUUAUUCUUUCAACCAAUCCUCUGAGGGUACCAAGGAAGGGGAUUCACCUAAUGCUUGGAAAGGAAAUUCAGAUGAUAAGCCUAAUGAGUUCCCAGCAGCAGAUACAGAGGAUAGUGUCCCAGGGGUCUUGUAUGAUUUGCUGCAAAAAGAAGUUAUAGCUUUGAGGAAAGCGGGACAUGAGAAAGAUCAAAGCCUCAAAGAUAAGGAUGAUGCGAUUGAGAUGCUUGCAAAGAAAGUAGAAACAUUGACAAAGGCAAUGGAGGUUGAGGCUAAGAAGAUGAGAAGAGAAGUAGCUGCCAUGGAGAAAGAGGUUGCUGCCAUGCGUGUGGAGAAAGAACAUGAAAAUAGGGCCAAGAGGUUUUCUAAUUUGAAAGGCCCUUCUAAUACUGCUCAGUUGCUUUCUGGCAGAAAUGUAACACGAAGUGGGAUGACAAGGAGCACUCAAUGACGACGAAGUCCCUAUCACAAGUGAAGUUGAGUACACCAUUAUAGGCCUUGUUCUUCCAUCUCUCAUAUCACCUUUUUUAUUGUUUUGAUUUGCAAUUGAUUAUAAGAUUGUAACUUGCAUGCUGACAAUCCUGUACCCUCUGGAAUUACCAAAGGAAAAAAAAGUCCAAGAGAAGAAAAUCAGGAGGAGAAUCGGUGUGCUUCUGACAUAGACUGUUAUUACUCUGCUUAUUAGUGAUCAGGGAACAAGAUAAUGGGAGAUAUUGACUUUGGGCUAACCUUUUGUCAGGUUUUCGAGUGACCAGUGGUUGUGUGGUUGUAUAGGUGCUUAUUGGCUUUUUUUUUCGUCUACUACCCUAUCCCUUUUCUCUCCCUUUUUUUUUUUUCCCUCCUUUUGCAGUUUAUAUUUGUAAUUUGCAGUUAGUGUGAUUGUUGUCUUUCAGGUUUGUUAAUAUUCUUGUAAUCAGAUGAAGAUGUUUAUGGUUGUGUUAUUCAUUAAAUAGUUACUUGGUUAUAAAUC